UUUAACAGCUCCGGAAGUAACCGUUACUAUCAACAAUUUCCUGAACGCUCUGAGACUUAGUUCUAAAUCUACUGGUUCUCUGUUUUCUGAUGAGCGGUAAGAGAGAAAACAGAUAAAACAAGACGUUAUCAUACUUGGAGAUUAUCAUACCAUUAUUUAGUCCCUGUUCAACAUGGCGAGAAAAAAGCAAGAAAUACAAUUACAGAGAGAAAUUGAAACUCAAGAAGAAUGGGAAGAAGUUAUGGCUAUGGAGGGCUUGUGGCUUAUUGAUGUUUAUCAAGAGUGGUGUGGACCCUGUCAAGCUUUAGUAGGAAAUUUUCGUAGGUUGAAAAAUGAACUUGGUGAUAAUCUUCUGAACUUUGCUAUAGCUAAGGCUGAUACUAUUGAUGCUUUAGAAAAAUAUAGAGGCAGAUGUGAGCCUACAUUUUUAUUUUAUGCUGGUGGCAUUUUAACUGCUUACAUACAUGGAGCAAAUGCACCAAAAGUUCAAAGAGUUAUAACAGAACAGUUAGCAUAUGAACAUAAAGUCUUAGAAGGCACCGCAGACAGGAAAGAAGUGAAAGAUCCAGUGAUCACAAGACUGCAAGAAAUUGAAUCUGAAAGGCUAGAAGAAGAAGAAGCCAAACAAUUAGCAUUAGACUCAGAUUCUGUUGAUGCUCGUAAAACACCAGUUGCUGCUCAGCGAUUGGGUUCAGGUGUUAGAGAGGAAAAAAUGGUGACAGUGGCAAUCAUUAAACCAGACGCAGUUGUUCAAGGAAAAGCUGAGGAGAUCAUGGCGCUGAUAAUAGAACAAGGUUUUGAGAUUUUAACUAAAGAAACAAGGGAAAUAACUCAAGAAGAAGCAGAAGCACUUUAUGCUCAUUUGGACAAUGAGAGUUACUAUGAUGAUAUCAUUAAGUUCAUCACCAGUGGUCCUUCUGUUCUUCUUGUUUUGACACUUGGUCAGUCAGGGGAUACUGCAGUGGAUUUUUUCAAAAUGCUGAUUGGUCCAAAAGAAGUGGAAGCAGCCAAAGAAGAAAAUCCCAAUUGCAUAAGAGCUCUGUUUGGUGAAAAAGGUUACCAAAAUGCCAUUCAUGGUUCAGACUCAAAUGAAGCCGCAUUAAGAGAGCUGGCACUUUUAUUCCCUAACUUUACUGUACCAACAUAUAUGAAGAAACGCUUAAACAUUCAGAAAACUUUGGCCAUCAUAAAACCAGAAGUAUACUCAAAGAAAGAUGAUAUCAUUGCUGCCAUCAAACAGUUGAAUUUAAAUAUUACUAUGAUGAAAGAGAUUCACCUGACCAAGGAGCAGGCAGCAGAGUUUUACAAAGAACAUGAACAAUUUGGAUUCUUUGAUGCUCUAAUUGAUCUAAUGAUCAGUGGGCCUAUGAUUGCCUUAGGCUUAGUUGGUGAUGAAGCUAUUACUGUAUGGAGAGAAAAACUUGGACCUGAUAAUGUAGAUGAAGCCAUUGAAAAAGCCCCAAAGAGCUUCCGAGCACGCUUUACUGGAGCUUCUGGAAUGAAUCAAUUUCAUGGAUCUAUUUCUGAAGAAGCAGCUGCUAAAGAAAUAGCAUUCUUUUUCCCCAUCGAGCAGACUGUAGCAAUGAUCAAAUCAAAUGCCAUGGCACACAAAGAUGAGAUCAUUGAAUACAUUAUCAACAGUGGCUAUAAAAUUGCUGCUCAGACUGAGCUGGUGGUUUCAAUCUCAUUGAUGUCUGUUCUGUAUCCUAAUGUUGCUGGGAUGGAUCAUUUUGAUGAGUUGACAAAUACUUUAACGAGUGGUCCAUCCUUGUUUAUGGUUUUAUCUCGAGAGGAUGCAAUCAAUGGCUGGAGAAGGGAUAUGGGAGAUGCAGAUCCUGCACAAGCCAAGGAAGAAAAUCCAACAUCAUUAAGGGCUCUAUAUGGCACUGACAUUGCGAACAAUGCUGUUCAUGGAAGUGCAUCUGCAGAACAUGCCAGGGAAGAAAUGAUUGCAGUCUUUGGAGAAGCUCUCAGCUUUAAUGAAGAUGGCACACUUAGAGGUGAUGAACCUAAACUAGAUGAGACAGCUAUGGUGAUAGAAGGGGAAAGAAAUGAAGAAGUAGAGCCUGAAGGGGAGAACAAAUCAGAGCAUCAAGAGGUUCACCAUGAACAAAGUGAUGAACACCAAAAGGAUGUUACUCCAGAUGAACAUGAUCAACCCAGUGAGAAAAAAGAUGACGAUAAUGAACAAGUUAUUUCAGGGGAGGAGAAGGAAGUCAAAGCAGAUGAUCAACUAGAAGCAGAUGAUCAACUAGAAGCAGGUGAACAACUAGAAGCAGGGGAACAACUAGAAGCAGGUGAAACUCAACAACAAGCCAGUGAAGCUGCUAACAAUGAACAACAAAAUUCUCAAGAUAAUACACCAGUUGAAAUUACAGAUGCAGCUAAUGCAGAAGAACAAUCAGCUGAAUCUCUUAAACCAUCAGAAGAGAAUAAAGAUGAAGUGCAAGAAAUGUCAGACCAAAAUGAAAUCUCUGAGCAAACUGAAAUCUCUGAGCAAACUGAACAUACUAACCAAGAGGAAUCACCUGGCCAACCUGACACUUCUAGUCUGCCAGAGGGCUCUGCUGAAGCAGAGACUUCUGGCCAGCCAGAAAUUUCUAGCAGCGCAGAAGUUUCAGAUGCUUCAAAAGAUGUUGAGGAAGAAUUGGAGCCAGCUAAAGAUGAAGAUUCGGGGGCCGGUCUAACAGAGGAACAUCCAGUCAAUCAGGAUGGGGCUGAUCCAACACCCAGUGAUGCACAGAGCUCAGAUGAGCAAACUCAAGAAGUAACAACCGAGGAACCUAAGGCUGACGUGAAUGAAACACAGACUGCUGAUACACCUAAAGAACCAUCAGCUUCUGAUAUGGACGUGAAAGACUCAACAGAAUAAGUGUGUCAAGUCACUCACACUCAUGGCAAAGACCGAUCCAGAGCUUGUUGUCAUGGUGAUGAGACACUGACGGGGAAGCCAUCUUGAGUCGACCAUGGAAGAAGUUAAGAGAUUACAGAGAAAACAACUUUUUUUUUCUCCCAGCGUAAAAGUCUUUUGUCACUUUAUGAAUGAAUAUUUUAAACUACCAACCUAUAGAAAAGUAAAACAUAGGCCAGUAUAAAUUUGGCUUAAUGAAUUUAAUGUUUACAAACCGGACACGUCAGAGCUUGUGCUGUACAUAUAAUUUUCGUUGAAUUUUUGUUUUCAUUAAUUAUUUAUUACCAACUGUAAAGGAUGUGAUUGUCUGGCUGUGAAUGUAAUUGAAAGAAUUAUUAAUUGUUAUAAUUUUUGUUCUGUCAUUUGAAAUACAUAAAAAAAAAAUAAUUUAUAAAAAAGAAAAACUUUACCUUGUUAAAAGUUUACAAUA